AAAGGGGGCGUAGUGCGAGGGGGUGUUCCCCGGCCUAGCCGCGGUACCCAGUUCAGCCUUCCGAGUCAGCUACGCCUCGUGGCUGUCUCCGGGUGCAUCCCUCCGGGAGCAGUCUGCAGGAACAAUAUGGAGGCUGACCUGUCUGGCUUUAACAUUGACGCGCCCCGCUGGGAUCAGUGCACGUUCCUGGGGCGUGUGAAGCACUUUCUUAACAUCACGGAUCCUCGCACUGUCUUUGCAUCAGAGCAGGAGCUGGACUGGGCGAAGGCAAUGGUGGAGAAGAGCAGGAUGGGACUUGUGCCCCCUGGCACUCAGGUGGAGCAGCUGCUGUAUGCUAAGAAGCUGUAUGACUCGGCCUUCCACCCUGACACUGGGGAGAAGAUGAACGUCAUUGGGCGGAUGUCCUUCCAGGUCCCCGGGGGCAUGAUCAUCACAGGCUUCAUGCUCCAGUUCUACAGGACCAUGCCUGCGGUGAUCUUCUGGCAGUGGGUGAACCAGUCCUUCAAUGCCUUAGUCAACUACACCAACAGGAACGCGGCUUCCCCCACGUCAGUCAGCCCCGGCCUUGCCUCGGCCACUGUGGACCCCACUCCAGAACCUGCGCACUUCUCCACCUGGCGUUUCUCCUCCUCUAGGCAGAUGGCCAUCUCCUACUGCACAGCCACUACCACUGCCGUAGCCACUGCAGUGGGCAUGAAUAUGUGGACCAAGAGAGCCCCACCCUUGGUGGGCCGAUGGGUGCCCUUUGCCGCCGUGGCUGCAGCUAACUGUGUCAAUAUCCCGAUGAUGCGACAGCAGGAACUCAUCGAGGGCAUCUGUGUGAAGGACAGGGACCAAAAUGAGCUUGGCCAUUCUCAGAGAGCUGCGGCUGUGGGCAUCACCCAAGUGGUUGUUUCUCGGAUCACGAUGGCAGCCCCUGGCAUGAUCCUCUUACCAGUCAUCAUGGAGCGGCUGGAGAGACUCCGGAUGAUGAAGAAGGUCAGAGUGCUGCAUGCCCCCCUGCAGGUCUUGCUGUGCGGCUGCUUCCUCCUCUUCAUGGUGCCAGUGGCAUGUGGGCUCUUCCCUCAGGAAUGCAAAUUAGCAGUUUCCCAUCUAGAACCCGAGCUGCAGGACACCAUCAAGGCCAAGUAUGGAGAACACGUCCUCUUUGCCUACUUCAAUAAGGGGCUCUAAGUGCGCCAUGCCUUCAAGGACCAAUCCCUGCCCUGUGUGGACCAGCUUUUCGAUGGCAGCUGUCCAUAUUCCUCUUUGAAAUAAGGUCUGAAAGCCAGGCUGGAUUGGGAGAUAGAGUGGGUGGGUGGGUGGGGAGAUAGUUCCUGUUUCCAUAUAAACAACCGGGACAAAAAUUCAAAUGGGGAUCAAGGUGGUUGGGGAUGUAGCUCAGUUGGUAGUGUUUGCCUAGCAUCCACAAAGCCUGGGAUUUAAUCCUUCACACCAUGUGGUUCAGGCGUGAUUGUACAUGCUUGUGACCUUGUUCUUGGGAGGUGGAGGCAGGAGGAUUCGAAGUUCAAAGUCAACCUUAGGUAUGUGGGGAAUUUGAGGCUAGCCUGAGUUAGAGAGAGUGUCUCAAAAAAGCAGGGGAGGAACAAGGACAGAGGUAUCCUGUCUGCUUUGUCCUUGACCCUGUCCUUUGGGAGCAGAGGCUGCUGGUAUCUGGGAGUGAUUAGGAAACCUGUGACUCUUCUCCAGUCAGGACUGUAGAUGUACUGAGUCCUCCUCCUCUAUCCUCCCACUUCCUCCUUCCCAAGCAAGGGGAACGUUACCCGUGUGAGUCUGAAAAGGCUUUUGAUCACUUUCCUUUUAUUUUAUGUGUAUGGGUGUUUUCCUUCAUGUGUGUCUCUCUGCAUGCAGUGUCCACAGCGGUCAGAGGAGGGUGUCAGAUCCUCUGGGACUGGAGUCACCACUGUGAGCCGUCACGUGGGUGCUGGAAGUCCAGUCCAGGUCCUCUGGAAGAGCAGCUGCUGCUCUUUCCUGCUGAGCCGUCUCUCCAGCCCCUGUUCAGGAACAGAAAGGGGUCAGUCUGUGUCCUCUUGGGGACUCAUCUCUACCCUUCCCCACUGUGCCCUGACUGGAUGCAUCCUUGGGAAUGCUGCUAGACUUGAGUUCUUCAGGCUGUGAGAGUUAGACUGGUGUGUACCAUAGGAAAAGGAAGCUGUGCUUGGACACCCGAGCACAGUUCAACCAGGACCAAAGAGCCUUAAGAGUGUACAGCCAGACUGCCAUUUCACCCAAGUUACGUGGGGCAUCAAGUUCUAUCCCUUUGAUAAUGACUUUAUUUUGUCUGAAAAUCAUGUCUAGAUCUAUUUCUGGGACCCUUAUUCUGAGAGAAGUCUCUUCUCUCAUUGCCUCCCCUGGUUUACAAGUCCCCUCUAUGAGUGAAGGCAUCUGCCACACAUUUUAAUGGGAAUGAUUUCCUGGUGGCCUCCCUUCCUAAGCCCAAUAGAUUAAAUACCAAAGAAAGACUGGUGAGUACUGGUAAGACAGGGGAGCUGUACUUGGACGUCUCUGAGAGGAAGUCAGCCAAAGAGAGCACACAGCAAAGGGCCGCUUUACUUCCUGUCUGUUCCUGGAGCCCCCUGGGGACUGUAGUUUACCUGGGGUCAGUGUGUAUAUGAGUUUUGUCUGGUAAGAUUUGCUGAUUGUGUUCAAACGCUGCCAUGAAUUGAAUAAACGAUUUGAAAGACCAUGAAA